AAAGAAAUUGUAAUACCUUAAAAGAUUUUUGGAUAUUAAUAACAAUGUCUGGCCCGUCGAAAUUUCUCAAAGGAAGUGACGCGCAGGACCUCUGUUUUGUGCGUAAUGAACUCGAGGAGAACAUAAGUCAGUUGCUCAACGGCGCCGGGUCAUCUGGAAACGUGACACCUCGGGAGCCCUUGAUAGUACAACCCAAGCCGGGGUUCUGUGUCAAAAGCUUCAAAGUGAAUACCAAUGAGAAAUUCUUCAUGAACGUUUGCCAAGCUCCCGAGGUGCCAUCUCCAAGAGAUGUGACCGAAAUCGAGCUUAUUGAAAUAUUGCAAUCGCCAACACCGGACUGGCGUGUGCCGAUGAGCCUGUCGGAGCCACGAAAUACCAAGGAUCGUUCCGGCAACACCGUCGAAGUUUGCGACAUAGCCAUAAACCCAGGCUUUUUGAAAAAAAUCAAGAGAUCGCAAUUUUUCAACAAUUUCUUUUUGAACCUCGUUUCCGAGGCACUAAGUGAGAAAUACAACAUACAAAUAUCAAUGGAAAGGAUUAUCAUACUUAAUAAUCGCAAAUUUAUUGACACGCUCGUCUCGCACCGUGUGCGAAACGAUGAUGACAGUGAAAAAUACGGACAUACGGACGGAUGUGGAGGGCAAAAACAAUUGUUGGUGCAGGAGAUUGAUGAACAGGAGUUGGAAAACCUUUCAAAAAAGAGCGAAGAUGUUCGUGCAGAUAACUCAGUUAAAUUAAAAAGAGCCAUUCCUAAGGUUAAUUCCAAGAAUUUUGAAUAUAAGCUUCGUGCUAGAGUUAAGGAUGAUGUCGCAGAAGAAAUUUAUGCUGAACUGUAUUUGCCAAACUGCAUAUCUUCACAAGAACUGAGCGUGGAUAUUGGCGAGGAUCGGAUUUUGGUCGAGUCUUUAAAGUAUGGAAUAGUUUUCGACAAGUUUCUCAAUUAUCGCUUGCACCAAGAGCGUGCUCAGGCACUGUUCGAUAAAACAAGUAAAAUGCUUCAGAUACGCAUUCCAGUUAUUGAAUAACAUUUUCCCUAUCCCAAAACAUUGAACACAUUUCCAAUUUAAGCGAUGUACUAUACUAUAUACUAAUUUUAUUGAACUUAUGUGUGGUUUCUUUAUUGCAAUCGCUAUUUCUUUGCAUGAUCGUUAUAAAUAAAAUGAAGGAACGAGCCUUUGGAUCGGCAAGGAAAAUCCA